AUGAACUAAGUUAGAGAAUAUCUUUGUAAAGUAUCUGAAGGAAAGGAAAAUGAAACCCCAAUCUAUAGGCAUCCCUAAUCGAAGGAUGGCUUCCCUCAAUCUAAAUGUACCUUCUAGCAAGAAUUUAUUGAGAAGCUAUAGAGAUUUCCAGAUAAGAAGUCUCUCGGCUAUUACAAUGAGGAAUCAUAAUAAUAUGACUAAAUAACAUAUAAAGAAAUAUUCGAUACUGCUACUCAAAUCGGCUCUGAACUGUAUUCAAGAAAUUCCAUAGUUGAAGUCAAAGAUGAGCAGGGGCUCGUAAUUAAGCCUGUCGGAAUAUAUAUGUCCAACAGAAGGGAAUGGUCCAUUUUGGAUAUUGCUUGCAUCCUUUAUGGAUUUACAUCCUGUCCAUUUUAUGAUACCUUAGGAUAUAAUAGUAUGAAAUAUUCUUUGGAGUAAACUUAAGUGAGUAUCUGCUUUGUCUAAUCAAGUACGAUAAAAGUCCUAGUAGAUGUGAACCAAGCCCAUCUAAAAACUAUUGUUAUUGUAGGUGAAGGCUUCCAAGAAGAAGAUUUGGACAAGUUAAGAGCAUAAGGGAAGGAGAUUGUAACGUGGAAUUAAGUUGUGGAAAAAGGCAAAACUGCCAUCAUUCCAUAUCCCAAUUUAUAGCCAGAUGUUUCAAUGACUCUAGUAUUUACAAGUGGAACCACUGGACAAUCCAAAGCAACUCUCUAAACUUAGUACAAUUUUUAACAGAUGUUGCAUGUUUUUGACUAUCCUCCCAAUUAGAAACUUAAUGAAAAUGAUGUUUAUUUGUCAUACCUGCCUCUACCCCACUUAUUUGAAAGGGUUCUUCAUUUGGGAUCAUUAUUAGCAUCUGCUGAAAUAAACUACUAUAGUGGAAAUGCACAAAACCUAGCUAGAGACAUUUAAAGAUGUAAACCAACUUACUUUGGUGGAGUGCCAAGAGUUUUCAAUAGAUUUUAUGAGGCAAUUUAAAAUGUCGUUAAUUCAUUACCUGAAGAUGCAAAGGACAAAUUUGAACAAGCCUUUGAAAUGAAAUUAAAGUACUUUUAGCAAACUGGAAUACCAGUUCACGAAUAAUUAGAUGCUGCAUUUGUAAAAACAAGAGCUAUCUUUGGUGGAAGACAAAGAGUUAUACUCACUGGAGCUGCUCCUAUAUCAACUAAAGUAAUAAACUUCUUAAAAAUGACUUUGUGCUGUUAAAUUAUAGAAAUAUAUGGCUAAACAGAAACAAUGGGAGGAUCCUUUAGAACAGAUAUCUUUGAUCCUAGUUGUGGUCACGUAGGGGGUCCCACAAUAUCUUAAGAAUUCAAAUUGGUUAGCAUACCAGAAAUUGGGUAUGUCACAGAUAAAAAUGUUGACGGUUUAAUUAGAGGGGAGAUUUGCAUUAGGGGACCAAGCAUUAGCAAAGGAUACUUUAGAGAUCCAGAACAAACAAAAGAGUUAAUUGAUAAUGAAGGAUGGGUACAUACAGGGGAUAUAGGUUAAAUAGUUGAUGGGACCUUAAGACUUAUAGAUAGGAAAAAAAAUUUAUUUAAAUUAUCAUAAGGCGAAUAUGUUGCUCCAGAGAAAGUAGAAAAUCGUUAUUUGAGAUUGAAAGGGAUAUUGGAAAUCGUUGUUUUCGGGGAUUCAUUGUAGAACUAUUGUGUUGGGGUUGUGGUAGUUGAUCCAACUGUUCUAAAAUAGUUCGCAGAUUAAUUGAAAAUUGAAGGUGAUUAUCCUACCUUAUGUGCCAAUAAAGAAAUAAAGAAUUACGUCUUGUCUUAAUUAAACGAAUAAGGAUCAAAAGAAUAAUUGAAUGGAUAUGAACAAGUAAAAAAUAUAUAUCUUGAAUCAAAACCAUUCUAACAAGUAGGAAUAUUGACAGAUAACUUGAAAAUGCAAAGGCACAUGGCUAAGAAACAUUAUCAACAAAUUAUUUAGUAAUUAUAUGAUGAAAUUAUAAAUUGAUGUACAUUAAAAUAUUAAUAGUAUUUAAUUAUUUUCAUA